AUGAUUGAAGGACAACGACGCCGCCUUUUGCGCACCCUCAACAGCCGCUAUAUCUACGGCAGUAUUCCUCUCCUACACGCUAUUGUCUUCCUCCUCCAAAUGGCCGCCGUAUCCAUCCUUUCGCGCAAGUUCAACACCUACUAUGCGAACCGCCCGGUUCUUACCACCAUGAUAACGAACGCCGUUCUCGGUGGCAUCGCAGACACAGUAGCACAGUCUUUGACGGCAAUCCGGCAGCGGGCGGUGCGCAAACCUGGAGGUGUUGACAAGGAUGACUUCUUCGCUAUUGAAAUCCAUGAGCUGGACAAGAAGAUGCCGUAUCCUGACGAUGAGCUCAUCCCGGAUUCAAGGCGUCUGCCUCCUCCAUUCGACUUCGAGCGACUGACCAGAUUCAUGGCUUAUGGUUUCCUGAUGGCGCCGGUGCAGCACAAAUGGUUCGGCUUUUUGUCGAGGAACUUCCCCAUCACCAAAACUGCCAAGUUGGGCCCGGCGCUGAAGCGUGUUGCUCUGGACCAGUUCAUCUUCGCACCAUUUGGUCUCGGGUGCUUCUUCACAUUCAUGACUCUUGCAGAAGGCGGUGACAAGCGCGCCGUGUUGCGCAAGUUCCAGGAUGUCUACGUCCCUUCCCUGAAGGCCAAUUACGUGGUGUGGCCAGCGGUGCAAAUCAUCAACUUCCGUCUGAUGCCCAUCCAGUACCAAAUUCCCUUUGUCUCCACCAUUGGCAUUGCGUGGACCGCAUACCUUUCUCUGACCAAUGCCUCUGACGAGGCCUAA